AGCCUCCCCAGUGCUGAGGUUAUAGGAGUGUGCCACUAUGUCUGCUUUGUACCUUUAUUGAUAUGACACUUGCCUGGUGGCUCUCCCCUUGCCGGACCAUAUGUGCUACAGGAAUGAGAGUUUGUCCCUUUUGCUUACCUCUGUGUCCCUAGCACCCAGAAUAGUUUGUCAAAUGAAAAAGACUUGUAGUUGACACAUAUCUAGCAUUUUGCUAUGUAUGCAGGGCUCUGCGACCAUUAAUGUCAUUGACUGUCACAAAGUCCUAGGAGAUAUGCCAUUCCCCCAUUUGACAGAUGAAGGUACUGAGGCAUAGGAAGUCAAGGGACUUUCUCCAGCUCACACUGGGAGUGAGUGAAGGAGCCAGGAUGCCAGCUUGGACUAAGUGAUGCUCCAACCAUGAUAUGACCCUGCCUCUCUCACUAGAUCUCCCCCUGCCCUGGGAGGGUUAAGGAUUGGAAAAAGGUUCCGGGAGAUGAGGUCACUUGCCCCAAGUCACACAGCUGGUUGGCAAUUCCCUGGGCUACAAGUUUUGGUGUUCCAAGGCUGAGAAUAUUUUGAGAAUCCAAUAAAUCUUUUGCCAAGUGGGAAUUGAACUCAUGUUGUCAAGGAGCCCAACAAAUAACUUGACCCCGAGCCCGGGAGUGAAGACUGCUCUGUGCCUUGUUGGCUGGAAGAUUACAGGAGAGACCCAACUACUCCAAGGUCCUGACCACAGGAAGCCUUGUGAUCUCCUCCUUGCCAGCCCCCAUGGACCCCCGGCCCUGUUUCCUCUGCAGGAAGCAGCUCCUAUGGGUGCUCCCAAUGACCUCUCUUCCCAGCCAGGCAACCAACUUCCUCAUCGGGGUCCCUGAGUUCCAGAGAUGGUCCUGCUCUCACAGAGAUAAUAGCUGAGAAUUUUCUGGAUCUCCCCCUGGCCCAGGAAAAGUUCCCUCUCUGACCUGGAACAGCCAGAUGGCAAAGUCCAUUAGCCCACUGCCUCCCAGUACCUGCUGUGCCUCUCUUAAAGCUCAUGGUAAAUAUUGUGGCCAAGAGGCAGGGCCAGUUUCCCCUGGGCCACAUCUGUCCACCUACCCCAUCUUUAAAAAUCCUUAACAACUAUUAUGGGAGACGGAGAUGUACUAUCCUAUUGUUGUGGAAACUGAGGCUCAAAGAGGUCAAGCAUCUUGUCUGAGAUCACACAGCCGGCACUGGAACUCAAGCCUCUCCUCCGCUGUGGUUAAGAGCAAAGGCAUAGGGUUGGAUUCUUGCUUCCCUUACUUGGCUACCGUGUGGCUUUGGACAAGAUACUUAACCACACUGAACUUCCAUGUCCUCAACUGUGAAAGAGAUGGGUGGAGGUAACAGUCGAACCUGUCCUGCAGGCGAGGAGGAAAUAAGACACUGUGUGGAGUUCAGUGACGUGUACGUGGUGGAGCUGCACGUCCACCUGGAUGGAGCCAUCAACCCUGAAACCAUCUUGUACUUUGCCAAACAGAGAGGGAUCGCCCUUCCAGCUGACACAGCACAAGAGCUGCAGAAGAUCAUCGGCAUGGAUAAGCCGCAGUCCCUCCCGGAGUUCUUGACCAAGUUUGAGUACUAUAUGCCUGUUAUCGCGGGCAGCAGGGAGGCCAUCAAAAGGAUUGCUUAUGAGUUCGUGGAGACGAAAGCCAAGGAGGGUGUGGUGUAUGUGGAGGUGCGCUACAGUCCGCACCUGCUGGCCAACUCCAAAGUGGAGCCGAUCCCCUGGAAGCAGCCUGAAGGAGACAUCACGCCCGAUGAGGUGGUGAACCUCGUGAAUCAGGGCCUGCAGCGGGGGGAGAAAGCCUUCAGAACCAAGGCCCGGUCCAUCCUGUGCUGCAUGCGCCACCAGCCCAACUGGUCCCCCGAGGUGGUGGAGCUGUGUAAGAAGUACUGGCAGCAGACUGUGGUGGGCAUCGACCUGGCUGGCGACGAGACCAUUAAAGGAAGCAGCAGCCUCCCGGGGCACCUGGAGGCCUACAAGGAGGCCGUGAAGAGCGGCAUUCACCGAACUGUCCAUGCCGGGGAGGUGGGCUCUGCAGAGAUCGUGAGAGAGGCUGUGGACAUACUCAAGACAGAGAGGGUGGGACAUGGCUACCACACCCUGGAGGACAAGGCCCUUUACAACAGGCUGAGGAAGGAAAACAUACACUUUGAGGUCUGUCCCUGGUCCAGCUACCUCACAGGUGCCUGGAAGCCAGAAACGGAGCACCCGGCCAUUCGGUUCAAGGACGACAGAGUUAACUACUCGCUCAACUCAGACGACCCGCUCGUCUUCAGGUCUACCCUCGACACUGACUACCAGAUGGCCAAACGGGACAUGGGCUUCACCGAGGAGGAGUUCAAGCGACUGAACAUCAAUGCUGCAAGGUCCUCCUUCCUCCCAGAAAACGAGAAGGAGGAUCUCCUCAACCAGCUCUACAGGGCCUACAGGCUGCCACCUCCGCCAGCCACUGCCGAUCAGGACCCUUGAAGAUGGCAUGGCCACCUCUGAGCCCCUCACCCCAUGGAUGGAGCCUGCAUAACUCUGUGGGAUCAAGUGACACUUUACCUACAUUCCUUCCUCAAGACCAAGAUUUCAGGAGCUCCUGAUGUGUAUCAUAUGCACAAACCUGCGACUGACCGCAUCUUGCCUCUGAUUGUGUGCCCUGCCUAGGGACCAGGGCCCUUGCCAAGGAUGACCAUGACUGAAACCCUCCUCCUCAGGUGACUUGUGCUGAAAAUCUGGUGCUCAAUAAAGCAGCCAGUAGCUGGCAUUGUAUAGCCUGCA